AUGCUGAGGCCACAGUUACAUUCAAUUCGUAGAGGUAAUUCUACAAUCUUUGAUUUCCUACAGCAGAUUAAGUCAAUUUCGGAUUCUUUGGAUGGAAUUGGUGAGCCGAUGCCGGAUUUAGAUCUUAUUAUGUAUGCUCUGUCUGGAUUAGGCCGUGAUUAUUCUCAGUUUGUUAUUAUAAUGAAAAAUAGAGAAACACCUCUAUCUUUUUCUGAGCUUCGAUCUAGAUUGGUUACGCAGAAACAAUGGAUGAAAGAUCAAGAUGAUGAUGCUACUUCUUUCUUAACUAAAGAUCCUACAACAUCUGCUUUUUAUGUCAAGCAUUACAAGUCUUAUGAUUUCUCUGGAAAUAAACCAGCUUCUAGUGCUUAUUUUCCAAAGUUUAGUCAUGGUGCAUCUUCUUCCUUUUCUCCACAGUUUACUCAAGGUUCCUCUAGUUCUGGUCAAGGUGAGAAACGUGAAUUCAAUCCAGUGGUUCAGCAAGAAUUUGAUUAUAAUUCCAUUCCUUGUCAGAUUUGUAACAAGCUAGGCCAUUUUGCUACUAGGUGUAGGUAUAAAUAUGCUGUCGUAGAAAAGCCACCAUCUAGACAAUCUCCACCUAGAAGAUCUGCAGGUUCUGUGCAAAAGGCUUUUGCAGGAAUGAAAGCUUCUUCUUCUUCUACCAAUCGAUGA